AUGGAUGAUAUAUGGGAUAUUGAAGCCUGGGAUGAUUUUAGAAGAUAUUUUCCAGACGACUACAAUGGAAGCAGAAUUUUGUUCACCAGUCGGGUUUUGGAUGUGUCUAGGCAUUUUAGAUCUCACCCUUUGCGCUUUCUAAAUGAAGAUGAAAGUUGGGAUCUAUUUAGUAAGAGGGUAUUUCAGGAAGAAAAUUGCCCUACAGAGUUGAUGGAAAUCGGAAAGCAAAUUGCUAAAAAAUGUCAAGGACUACCUCUUGCAAUUGUUGUAAUUUCUGGACUUCUCAAAAAAACAAGACCAAAGACAUUAGAGUGGUGGAGACAUGUUGCUAAACGUGUUAGUUCAUAUAUUGUUAGUGACCGAGACCAAUACGUGGACACACUAGCACUGAGUUACAACCAUUUACCUCAUCACCUAAAAUCGUGCUACCUCUAUUUCAGUGCAUUCCCAGAAGACUACGAAAUCUUGGUGCGGAAGUUAGUUUCGUUAUGGAUUGCUGAAGGAUUUAUACACCAAAUUGGACAGAGACUCUUAGAAGAUGUGGCAGAGGGUUACUUGAUGGAUUUAAUUGAUCGAAGUUUGGUUUUGGUUGUCAGAAGAAAGUCUACAGGUGGAAUCAAAUCAUGUGGUGUCCAUGAUUUGUUGCAUGAUUUAUGCUUAAAAAAAGCAGAGGAAGAGAAUUUUUUGCAACAAAUUUGCUGGUAUGAAGAAGUUUCGUCUUCUGGUUUCACCGCAGAUAAGCAACUUUUCCUACCUAUUGCAGCAAAGCAACGCCGCUUGUGUGUCCGUUCUCGCAUUUUUGGUGGCAUUUCUUCAGAGUUUUCUGCUCAGCACAUCCGCACUUUCUUCUACUUUGGCUCUGAAAAGAAUCCAAUACCUCCCAAGGAUAUGUCAUUCAUUGAACGAGGCUUCAAUCUUCUUACAGUUUUGGAUUUAUCGAGCAUUAGUACCUCCCAUUUUCCCUACUCAAUCGCUCGGCUAGCUCUCCUGAGAUACUUAGCAAUUAAAGGGAAGAAAUUUCAUCUGCCGGAUAAUAUAUCCGAAUUUCAGUACCUAGAAACUCUUUUUGUGUCAGGGGAAGUGUAUUACUUGCCAACUAGUGUUUGGAAGUGUUGGGAGAGAUAA